UGGUAAUAAAAAAAAAAAGAAUCAGCUGCACUCGCCAAACGCUGCACUAACGUAGUGAUUAUAUGCUCUUUGGGUCUAAACUUAAGCAAUUUUGUAUAGGUACUGUUUGUAAACGACUGUAUGUUUCUAAAAUAUAAUAAAUAAAUAAAUAGAAUGUAUAGUCUGUGAUAUCUGUCAAGAGUGUAUUUCUAACAUUUCUGUAUUUACGUGGUAUUUACUUGGUAUUUACUACAACGUAGUGGCAGUGACUAUAUUCUCUUAAUAUUUAUGGGCGGCGGCGCCGCGGCGGAUUGACGAGUUCAUAUUUACCGAUACAACGUAGCGGUUGUCGUGAUGGACGUGAUGCAUGCGUGUCGCUGCUGCCUUCGGUGUCCAUCUGACAAAGACCUGGAGACGCCGUACACAUAUCUCGGCAAAACGGAGAUAUAUGCCGACAUGAUCAAAGAGUGUUUUGAUAUACAUCUGGUACUGGGCGGCUCGGGCUCGUGCGGUAUCUGCUCGACUUGCGUCGGCCGCCUGCGAGACGCGAGCGACUUCAAGCUGCAAGUGCAGCGCAGCCAUGCAGAGUUGCAGGCACUGCUUGUUAAAGCGGAGUCUGCGGUCAAACCAGAGCAGGCUGAUGAUAGCGCGGAUGAUGACUCAGUGUUGGAUAUGUUAUAUGAAGACCCGCUCGCCAAGUCGGAGACGGAUGAUGUGAUGAGUGACGGCCACUCGUCAGCGGCGGUGUGUUCAGACGGCAUCGCCGCCCGCGCCAGGGAACAGCUCGCGACGGCUUGUUCCGUGGUGCUCGAGCGCCUCCGCGGCGACGCCACUGCGAACAGCGGAGACAACCCAUACUACUGCGAACACUGUGGCAUGCAUUUCAGAAACAAGACUUUUUUAAGAAAACACUUAGCAAGCACACACCUGUCGACCGGACCAAAACCAUUUGCUUGUGAUUUUAGUAGUACUACUUUUCAAACCAAAUCGCUUGAAAUCGAACAAGAGAAAAGCGAACACGGUAUUACAAAUUUAAUGUGUGCUGAAUGCGAGUAUACAACAAGUUCCAAGAAAAGUUUAGAGACUCAUAUAAAGAGUCACUCGGUUGAGAAUAACUUUAAGAGUAGUCACUAUAAAGACAUAAGGUCGUGUGAAAGUGAUUUACACAAACACCAAUCAAUACACAUUGAUGGAAAGCCUUUUAAAUAUAGCGACUACGAUUUGAAAUGCAAUCAGAGAACAAACCAAAUGAUACAUACUGGAAAGAAGCCUUUCACAUGUAGCUACUGUGGGAACAAAUUCAGUCGGAAGUCACAUUUAAAACUGCACCUGAUGAUACACACCGGGGAAAAGCCAUUUAAAUGUAGCAAUUGCGAAUACAAAUGCAGGCGGAAAGAUCACUUGCUAAUACAUCAGAUGAUACACACUGGGGAAAAGCCAUUUAAAUGUAGCUAUUGCGAAUACCAGUGUGGCCAGAAACAUGUCUUGAUAACACACCAGAAGAUACACACCGGAGAGAAGCCGUACACAUGUAGUUAUUGCGGCUUUAGGUGCAAUAAUAAGUCAAACUUACUAAAACACAAAAAGAAACAUACUGACGAGAAGUCUUUUCAGUGUAGCCACUGUGAUUACAAAUCCACUCUGAAAUUCACGUUAAUAAGACACCAGAGGAUACACACUGCUGAGAAGCCGUACUCAUGUAGUUAUUGCGACUUUAGGUGCAAUGAUAUGUCAAACUUAGGAAAACACAAAAAGAAACAUACUGACGAGAAGUCUUUUUAUCAGUGUCGCCACUGUGACUACAAAUCCAAUCUGAAAUCCACGUUAAAAAGACACCAGAUUAUACACACUAAAGCAAAGCCAUUAAAACUAACGAAAACAUCAUAAUGUAAUUAAUUUUAUUAUGUAUUCAUUAAUUAUUUAUUAUGAAUUUCA